UGUGGUGAAGAAGAGGAAUGACAGGAAGCAGCAAAUGAAGAAGAUGAGAAUGAAAAGAAAACGUAGCUUUAUAUAAUUACUGUCUCACACCUGCUCGACAGCGACUCUAAUUUUUAAUAAGGCGGAUAUUCUGAAUCCCCUGGUAAGGUCUUUAGGAGCUGGGCUGGUGCUGUUCCUCAGCCGGUGAGAUGAUGUGGUUCCUCAGCCUGUGAGAGAGAGAGGAGCUCUCAGGAGAACAGGUGGAGACUCAGCAGUGAACGAGUGGAGCCUUUUCUCUUUUGCAGUGUGAAAACUGGAAGUGUCAUAUGUGUCACCUGGAGGCUCGAGAUAAUGGCAGAUGACAAGGAUGUACUGCGAGAUGUUUGGUUCGGGCGGAUACCGACGUGCUUCAUGCUGUACCCAGAUGAGGUCACGGAGAGGGAGGCGGAGCCAUUUUAUCUCCUCCUUCCAAGGGUCAGUUAUUUGACACUAGUGACCGACAAGGUGAAGAAGCACUUUUUGAAAGUCGUGAAGGCAGAGGAUGUCGAGGAGAUGUGGUUUGAAUAUGAAGGGACACCUCUUAAAUGGCACUACCCAAUUGGAGUGUUGUUUGACCUCCAUGCCUCCAAUACUGCUCUCCCCUGGAGUGUCACUGUGCACUUUAAGGACUUUCCAGAAAGAGAUUUACUCCACUGCCCUUCCAGCUCAGUGAUAGAGGCCCAUUUCAUGUCCAGCAUUAAAGAAGCAGAUGCACUUAAGCACAAAGGCCAGGUCAUCAAUGACAUGCAGAAGAAAGAUCAUAAGCAGUUGUGGAUGGGCCUUCAGAAUGAUAAAUUUGACCAGUUCUGGGCCAUGAACCGUAAACUGAUGGAAUAUCCAACCGAAGAGGGUGGUUUUCGCUAUAUUCCUUUCAGGAUAUACCAGACGCUGAGUGACAGACCAUUCAUCCAGAAGCUGUUCCGGCCCGUCUCUCCUGAGGGCCAUGUGCUCACGCUGGGAGACCUGCUGAAAGAGAUGGUCCCUGCUGCCAUAUGCCAGGACGAUGAGCCAAAGAAAUACCAGGUGGUGAUCCAUGGGAUUGAGCCGCUGUUGGAGACCCCUAUCCAGUGGCUGAGUGAACACCUGAGCCACCCGGACAACUUCCUCCACAUCUGCAUCGUCCCAGCACCAAACGACUGAGCCGUGAGCUGGGGUGUGAAACCAGGAGCUGGUGGACAAUCAUCAAACAGCUCGAACGUGGCUCCGCCUUUCCGCCUUGUCCCUGAGGGAAUUUUCCGGAAGAACUUUUCCCCCCCCCCACACUUUCUGCAUUCACAUUCGUUGGUCUGCCUCACUUUGUCUCAGCGUCUGAACCUCUUGGACAAAUCGCUCUUCCAAAUCAUGGGAUUGAAAGGAUACCACUUGACUGAUUUUGUUAUGCAUGCCAGUAGGAUGUAAAUAACAAACCGUUUCAAUACCCACAUCAUGGUACCACAACGAGUAUGUUAUGUGACAAAGUAGCCUAGUAACAGUAACCUGCACUCAACUGCUUGGAAAAGUUUUGUGACUAUAUCCAUUUGAGAUUAAUUUGAAGGGAACAGUUUGUCAGGAUUUUUAAACUGGAUUUACAUACUUUAUACUUACUAAUAUAACUUGAGUUAACAGUAACUAGUGAAGUAUAGUUAAUGAAAGUUGCACCAGCUGUUGAGAUAUUUACAUCCCUGGUAUGCAUCUCUCUCUCUCUCUCUCUCUCUCUCUCUCUCUCUCUCUCUCUCUCUCUCUCUCUCUCUCUCUCUCUCUCUCUCUCUGUCUUCUCUCUGCUAACAUUCAACACAACAUUUUUACAUGUUGCCUUAGAUUCCAUGCUCCUGCCUCUGCACUGGCUUGAUGUGACCAUGUGCCGUUGCAGUAUUACUGUAGAGCCUCAUAUAUCUUUCAUCCUGUCUCUCUCUCGACUCUCUCAUCAUGACUAACAUGCUGCCGAUGCUCUUAGAUCUUCUCUCGGCGCUCCGUUAAUUAUCAGUUUGAAUCCUGUUUGUCGUUAAAUGAGACCACUAAACUGCUGUACUCUGCCAAGCAUCCUAGGGGAGUAAUUACCGACACUGUUUAUAGGCACAUACAGGGGGUAGAAGGAGGUGUGAAAAGUACGAAUGGAAUUAUGUCUUGUCUGUAGUGACCACUGUCAUGCCAGGAAAGCAGAGUCGAGCUUUGGACUCUUAAGCGGUAAGAUGACAUCACAUACAGAGGUCCAUGAGCAUGUGACUGCAGCCUACUUGAGAAGAGUCAGCAGAGGCCCCUUGAGAAAGCUUGUGGGCUCUGUCUGGUAAGAAGAAGAUGGCCCGUUCCCUUCCGAGUUCAAAUCGGCCAGAAACUAAUUCCCCUUAACCACAAGCGUGGUCAGUUAUCCAAGACAGUGCAUUGUAUAAUAUAGUAAAAUAUGUAUUUGGUUUGUGCUUUUGUUUAUUUUGAUAAAUAAACUUGCAAAUAUCAUAUCUUGGCGAGAGGAAUCAUCUUAAAUCUUAAAACCUCUGAUUUUGUAAGACUUUAUAAGAUGAACUUAUUUCUAAACCUUUUUACUUGAAAAAGUUCGUCUUAUUCUGUUAGCAAAUCGUUUUGCUUGUUUUAAGCAUACGUCUUGAAAUAAGCUCAAUUAUCCGCAUUGUUUUAAAGCAAGCACAUUUGCGUGGUUGGUUAGUGUAGUGGUUAACACCUCUGCCUUCUACACUGUAGACUGGGGUUCAAUCCCCACCUGUGCAAAGCACCCUACACUAUACCAAUAAGGGUCCUUGGGCAAGACUCCUAACACCGCCUUGGCCUCCCUAUGUAAAAAAAUGAUCAAAUUGUAAGUCGCUCUGGAUAAGAGCGUCAGCCAAAUGCCGUAAAUGUAAAUGUAAAUUUGCCAAUAGAAUAAGAAACCAAAAAUAAGGAGUGUCUAGAAAGUUGAGUAAUUUAUUGUAACAGUCUCAUAAUGAGAAGUAUUAGAUAUAUUGACUAGAUUUAGCAUGUUUUCACUUGUCAAGAUGUCAUUUUUUUGCAGUUGAGCAGUAUGCAGUAUCAGAAACAACACAAGUCUAUUUGAGAUUAGUCUUUGGAAGCUAAACAAGUCUUGGCUGAUUGGCAUUUGAGGUAAAAGGAGAAUUGUAACUCCUUUAUUUAAAUGUUUAACCCCAAGUCUGAUUGUACUAAUAAGUAAUGUAAAAUCAUGAUGUAGUGAUUCUUACCAUUGUCUUAUUUUUUUUUUUUUUUCCCAUUUAAGACGAACAUCAGGGUGGAUAUGGAACACCUUUGGCCUGUGGAAUUGCUUAACCUUUGCUCAGUUUGCUGCGGUUAGCUUGUGGCACAUCUGUCCAUCAUAAGAGAAGUGCAGUGUAAUCUUCAGAAUGGAGAUGGGUGAGUCAGAGGUCAGCCGGGGAAGUCAUACUGCAAUUUUAGCUGAUACAAGACAAUAUCUCCUCUGCCCCGGUUUUACAGCCCCUAGCAGCCUCACUGUGCUUGUAACUAUUUAGGCUGAGCGACAUUUGUUUGUGUUUAGUUAGUUUGGAAUGGAUGGAAGAGGUUUCGGGUGGGGGCAGACGAUUAGCAGCUGAGAAUGAUUAUUCGCUUAUAGGAAUGAGUGAGUGUACUCACCCAGACGCAGACAGACCGCACGGCUUCCGCCGUCACCGGGCCACUUCUCAGCAAAACUGCCUGUAAGACCUUGCCGUUCGUUUAGGAGGCGCAUCUUGAGUUUGUUUACUGAGUGGGGGUUUUUCUGUCUUUAAACAUGGGCUCCAGACUCCCUCUAUGAUUCGAAUUGAUGUACGGAAGUAACAAUGUUGAAGUGCAUUCUUGCAGUCUUUAACACUUUCCAAACGGUUUCAUUCAAGUCGUUUCAUCUUUCUUCUCUUCUGGACACACUUUUCAUGGCUCGCUUUUCUGUCUUUUGCUACAUUUAACUUAAAAAAUGCAUAACAUCUGAUUAAAAUAUUUUGUAACUAUGCAACGUUGCCUUUGAUUCUUUAGAUGUAAUAUGUUAUGGUCGGGUUGAUGUGAUAGAUUAGCUUACUUUUAAAGAGGCCAUACUAUGGAAAAACUAUUUUUUCUUGCUUAUUUCGAAUAAAAGUUUGAUGUACUACCUAAA